CCGACCCGCAUUUGCGUGUGAAACUCCACUGUCAUCGCUUCGAGAGCAGAGAACAAUGGCGACGGAGUCGGAAGGGGAGGAGGACGCCGCCACGGCCGCCGGGAAGCUCACUGGAAUCCCGCAGCUCUCCGUGGAGGACGACCUCCGCGAGAUGGCCAACAAGGCCGCUUGGAGCGUCAGCUCUUGCAAGCCCGGUAAUGGCGUCCUUUCUCUCCGUGAUGACAACCUCGACACAUACUGGCAAUCGGAUGGAGCGCAGCCGCAUUUGGUGAACAUUCAGUUUCAGAAGAAAGUAAAGUUGCAGCUAUUGGUGCUGUACGUGGAUUUCAAGCUUGAUGAGAGCUAUACGCCGAGCAAGAUUUCUAUCCGUGCUGGAGAUGGCUUCCACAACCUCAAGGAAAUUAAAACUGUAGAGCUUGUGAAGCCGGUUGGUUGGGUCCAUAUUUCUCUAUCUGGGACAGAUCCCCGUGAGACAUUCAUACAUACCUUCAUGCUGCAACUCGCGGUACUAUCCAAUCAUCUGAACGGGAGAGACACCCAUAUUCGACAGAUCAAAGUCUAUGGCCCCCGGCCGAACCCUGUUCCUCGUCAACCAUUUCAUUUUACUUCGCCUGAAUUCAUUACAUACUCUUGUCUCAGGUGAAGAAUCAUCACCAAUGAGGUAGUAAUGCCCAGCAUUAGCAUUGAAGUAGAACAGUUACAAAUUAUGUUACCCAUCAUCAAAUGCUGUUUAUAGUAUAGUACGUUAAACUCUCUGAGUUGUGUGUUUUUGGGUUAUUUUUUAUUUUCAUAAUUGUUUUUAUCUUCAUGAUUUCAGAUGAGUUUGAAAGCCUAAGAA